AUGCCUCCUAUGGCAUAUGACGAAGAUGCAGUCGGAAUAUCUUCCAUGCAGCAGCGUGAUCCGUUUCAAAUAGCAUUUUAUGGCAAACCCCCACCUGGAACCUUCAGUUUCAGUGAGCAACGCAGUUCGACUGAUGGCGAGAUCCCGAUUGUAUCCGACCCGCUGGCCCCCGCGUUAUACUGGGAAGAAACCCCGGACUUCUUGCCGCUGUCCUCAAAGUAUAAAGAUAAAUGGGUGCUUGUUAUAGGUGGCAUGGCCCAGGCUCGGGAACAGAUCAAAACACUAGGCUUCGGGAAGGUUCUGAUAUCCUCGGAUCUUGUCAAAGAAUCGGCAAACCUUCACGUUCAGCAAGCAUCAGCGAGCAUUCACAACGCCGUUGGCAUACCAAGGUCUUUUGCCGAACAAUCACAUCCCAUUGCGGCAAUCUUCGUCCUCAACGCGCCUGAAGAUUGGGUUCUCGAUUUGCACAUUCUUCUGGCUUUGCUUUCCCCAGGGGAUGGUAGGUCAGGCUCUGAUACAACCAUCCGUGGCAGUACUCAAAACUUCAGCUAUCGGCACAACGGCAACCCCAAACUGUACUGCAAAAGCAACCCCGAAUUUGAACUCGGAAUAUCUUCCAUGCAGCAGCGUGAUCCGUUUCAAAUAGCUUUUUAUGGCAAACCCCCACCUGGAACCUUCAGUUUCAGUGAGCAACGCAGUUCGACUGAUGGCGAGAUCCCGAUUGUAUCCGACCCGCUGGCCCCCUCGUUAUACUGGGAAGAAACCCCGGACUUCUUGCCGCUGUCCUCAAAGUAUAAAGAUAAAUGGGUGCUUGUUAUAGGUGGCAUGGCCCAGGCUCGGGAACAGAUCAAAACACUAGGCUUCGGGAAGGUUCUGAUAUCCUCGGAUCUUGUCAAAGAAUCGGCAAACUUUCACGUUCAGCAAGCAUCAGCGAGCAUUCACAACGCCGUUGGCAUACCAAGGUCUUUUGCCGAACAAUCACAUCCCAUUGCGGCAAUCUUCGUCCUCAACGCGCCUGAAGAUUGGGUUCUCGAUUUGCACAUUCUUCUGGCUUUGCUUUCCCCAGGGGAUGGUAGGUCAGGCUCUGAUACAACCAUCCGUGGCAGUACUCAAAACUUCAGCUAUCGGCACAACGGCAACCCCAAACUGUACUGCAAAAGCAACCCCGAAUUUGAACGUCCAACGCCAGGUGGUACCAUUCUGGCAGAGGGGGCAUUCUUGUGUGCACUCAAAGCUGUUUGGAAAGAUAAAAUGAUCCGAAUGGGUUUUAACCUGGGUUUGGACAUACCCAACGAGAAGCCAUGA